CCCCGGUUCUCCUCCAGCGUUCUUCCGGCUUACAUGUUGGAGGAAAAAAAAGAAAAGACGAAUGGGAAAAAUAGUAAUCCAAGAAAACCACCAUUACCCGCUAACUUCUCGAAACGGUCAGAAUAACUCAGAAUGAGCUCGCAGCAGUAUCCUCGACACGGACUUCCAGCGUCCAACACUGGUGCGCCUCAACUCCCUGUGGCUGGGAAUCUCGUAGCUGUCACUCAGCCAACAAAUCCACAAGAUGGAGAUAGUGGUCGAGAUGUCGAUCAUGGGCAGCAAGAUCACCCUCCUCCGGUCGGUGGGGCAACGCUAGCAUUCAGAGACGAUAAGCAGGAGAUGGUGGUCAGGCCUUACCCGCAGGUGCAGACGCACGGUCCCCAGCAGGUUGUUCCACAAACGGUGUCCAUCCAACCUGGCACGCCAGUGACGUUGGCCCCCACACACCUCCAACUGGGUCAGCCAGCAGUUCUUACCGACGGGCAGAUGAAGGCUGUUCUUAAGUCACCUAUGCCAAGUCGCCUGAUAGCCCCAGCACCAACUUCCAACCAGGGUCAUAUCCCAAUACCUUCUAAGGUGCCUGGCCAUAUUACUGUGACGGUAGAGAGCAGUAUGGCUACCACCCCUUCUAUUCCAGUUGCAACCAUUAGUGGUCAGCAGGGUCACUCGAGCAACUUGCACCAUCUGAUGUCAACAGGCAUUCAGAUAAUUCGUGGCAGCGCACCAGCACUGCAGAUCGGAACCCCUGCUGUGCCCCCGCAGACCUUCACAUCUCAUUUACCUAGAGGCGCUGCUGCAGCAGCAGUCAUGUCCAGUUCAAAAACUGUCCUGCGACCAGCAACUGGAGGAAGUGCUGGGCCUGGUCAGCCUACUGUGCAGCACAUCAUCCACCAGCCUAUUCAGUCUCGACCUGCUGUUACAACCUCUACAGCUGUGCUCCCAACAGUUGUGGCCCCAAUUUCCGCAACCAGAACUCAGUCUCCUGUCAUUAGUCCAACGGCUACACAUUCGGCAGAGGUGACUCAUGGGCGGCCUGGACUGACCAUUCAUCCUCCACCGGCCACUGUGAGUAUUCAGAGGCCUCAAACGUCCAGGGAAGCUGCUACAAGGAUCAUGCUUCCAUCUCAUCCAGCUAUUGGCGCUCAGAAACCUCAACCCCCCCAUACAAUGACACAGAAGCCAAUCUUCAGUACUGUAACUCCAGUUGCAGCUGCCACUGUUGCGCCAAUUGUUGCUACCAACACGGUGCCAUCGACUACAGCAAUAGGUGGCGUUCCUCAUACCCAAAUGAACAGUAACACGAUUGUUACCAUGACGAUGGCAUCACACUCUUCACAUGCUACUGCAGUCACCACCUCUGCCAUUCCUGUUGCAAAAGUGGUCCCUCAGCCUAUUGCUCACUCUUCAUCUCGCGUGCAACCUGAGUACCCUGGGGAAAGAGCCAGCCUCAUUCCUGUUCAAGGUCAUCGAUCUUCUCCUAACCCAGUAACCAUGGAGGCUAGGAGUGAUAACAGGCCCUCUGUGCCAGUGCAAUUCCAGUACUUCCUACCAACUUACUCGUCGUCCUACCCUCUGACACAGACCUACACCCCUAUCAGUAGCUCAGUGUCCACCAUUCGCCAGUAUCCUGUGACCCCACAAGCCCCAAGUUCAGCACUGCCCACUCAAGGGGGAGUGGGCGUGGCCACCACUGUCCAUUUGAACCACAUGCAGCUGAUGACCGUGGAUCGGAUCGGUCUACCCUCCGCCCAAAUCAGCACCCAAGGAAUCCAGCCAGCUCCAAUUGCGGCCCAGGGCAUUCAGCCCACACCCAUCGGAGUGCAGGGCCUGCACACAUCUGCAUCGAUAGCCACACAGGGAAUACAGCAGACGCCAAAUGUCACUCAGCAACAGCAGCAGCAACAGCAGGCUGAGGCAAAAUCUGGAAUUGUUUUGACUGAUGGAUUUGUGGCGAGCCCAAUAAGCACGUUUGGUGCCACCCAGCCUGUAGCCACCAUGGUGCAGGCACAUGGUCAAGGAGCAGCUCCCACCCUGGUCUCGUCUCCUCGACCCAGUAUCCUUCGGAAGAAAACGACAAACGAUAGUGCUGUUCGUAAGAACCUGAUCCCAGCCCAGCCCAGCGAAGCCAACUCUGGCAGAAUGGAGAGUGCUGUGAGAGCGGCAGGAUCUCCCCGGCCUGCUGGUGUGAAACCCAAAGCCGAGGUGCACAUGGCCGUCGCUCCUCCUGUCAUGGCCACUGUUGAGGCACUGCCUUCACAGGGAGGGGAGCAGCAGGUCGUGUCCUCCAGUACACAGCAUCUAUCUCAAGCCAUCCCCACCAUGCUGGCCACCCCCGGACCAGUGCCUCCAUCCCAGCCGUCCACUGUACUGUCAGCCUUGCCAGCUGCCAUGGCUGUUACACCUCCUGUCCCCGCCUCAAUGGGCAACACUGUGGCCUCUCCCACGCAGCCCGCGGCCAGUAGCACUGCAGCUUGUGCUGCCAGCUCCACCUGCCCGGACAUGAAGAUCAAGCAGGAACAUGAGUCCAUGGACACUUCUCACCCUGAUUCCUCCAUGAAUUUGUCAUCAGGACCAGCCCAGGCAUCCUCCCUGAACAUCCCAGCCACAGGCGAUCUCAUCCCUGGUGCCUCGCCAAGAAAGAAACCACGCAAGCAGCAGCACAUUAUUUCGACAGAGGAGACCGAGAUGAUGGAGACCAAUAGCACAGAUGAGGAGAAGACCCCUGGGAGGCCCAUCAGCGGCAGAGCCGAGCGGCGUGAAUCCCCACCCAGAGAAUAUGUUGACGAAGAGGGAGUCCGGUAUGUUCCAGUCCGUCCUCGGCCUCCGGUUACGUUGCUGCGACACUACCGUAACCCUUGGAAAGCUGCCUACCACCACUUUCAAAGAUACAGCGACAUCCGGGUCAAAGAGGAGAAAAAAGGAUCGUUGCAGGACAUGGCCAAUCAAAGAGGAGUUGCCUGUAGAGCUCAAGGAUGGAAAAUCCACUUGUGUGCCGCACAACUUAGGCAGUUGUCAAAUUUGGAGCAUGACGUGUACAGCCGUCUCUCCACCCUUCAAGAGGGUCUGAUUCCAAAGAAGAGGGCGAAUGCCGACGACGACCUGCAUCGAAUAAAUGAGCUUAUACAGGGAAACAUGCAGCGCUGUAAACUAGUGAUGGACCAGGUGACCGAGGCCCGCGACACGAUGAUGAAGGUGUUGGAUCACAAGGACAAAGUGCUAAAGCUGCUCAAUAAGAACAGCACGGUGAAGAAGUCCUCCAAACUGAAACGCAAAGAACGGGCGUAAGCAGGACCGUCUCCACUGUUGCUACGUUACGAUCAUUGUCCCCACUGGAGAGGGGAUUGCUCAGAAUAUGGUGCUAUGAUUUGCUGCAUACAAUCAGGAGCACCCUUCCUGUCUUCCCGAGGGUGAGUGCAGCGACAGUAGGAUUGUGCAGCAGUGAAGGCUGUCAGGUUCUUAUGAAGACACACAAACAUUGUAGGAUUGUGAGCUGUGCGAUCCACCACAUCAAUGUGAUCUCAUUUCCUGCCCCCCACCAACUGGUCCAUUCCACUUAUGAGAACAGCAGCGUGACAGAUCCCAAAUUCAAAUUGUGGUUGUCAUUGGUCUGUGCCUUGGUUUAUUUCUGUUUGCUAUAACGCAUUCAGGACAUUUUGCUGUUGAAAUUUUGUUUUUGUGCCGAGUAUAUAGCUGUAGGGCUGCUGGAUAUACUCUUUAAUUUGGCUGCCUUACUGCAUCCGUACAUGUGACAUUCAAUACGGUCAGGAACGUUUAUGUAGUUCUCCAGGAAAGUACCAAACGGAAACUGAAAAUUUGAGAAAUAGAUGAUCCAUGUGCAUAAUGUCAUGUCAACAUUUCAGCCGCUCAGAAAACACCUCUUUGAUUCUUAAAAAAAAAGAAGUGGAUUUUGGAAAGGUCCAUCAUUGGAAGUGCAGUGGUCGCAUUGAAUUCAUGUAAAUGUAUGUAAAUGUUGUUUUUCAUCGACCUGUUUUUUUUCCCUCUUCAAUUUUUGUACUCAAAACAUGUUGUGUUGUGUGACGUAACAAUUCAUUUUGCAGAGUUGAAAAGAAGAUAUGAGCCUGACGCGUUCGGCUUGUGUACAUUGUUUUUGUCGUUGUAAUUAUAGUAAAGAUAC